UGCUGCUGGGCGACAGCGCAGGCUCAGCUGCUCUAGCCAGUGGGACCGCAAAGGGUCACUCUAAAAAUUGCUGCUGGGACUUGUCAGGUGGCUGCUGGUGGCUCCCCACCGGAUUUUCCUUCUCCCUCUCCUUUCCACAGAUUGCUUCCCCAGAGGAGUCUGCUGCUGACACUUCGUCAUCACAAGUCGGGGACACCGCUCAACACAGGAGGCAAGCUCUUGCCUGUGACGGUGUUGCCAACAUGGCCCCCAAAAAGAAGACUGUCAGAAAGAACAAAGGAGAUAUUAAUGAGAUGACCAUAAUUGUAGAAGAUAGCCCCCUAACUAAACUAAAUGCUUUGAAUGGGAUCCUAGAGGGAGGCAAUGGCCUUAGCUGCAUUUCUUCUGAAUUAACAGAUGCCUCCUAUGGCCCCAACCUCUUGGAAGGUUUAAGUAAAAUGCGGCAAGAAAGCUUCCUUUGUGACUUAGUCAUUGGCACCAAAACCAAAUCCUUUGAUGUUCACAAAUCAGUGAUGGCUUCCUGCAGUGAGUACUUUUACAACAUCUUAAAAAAAGACCCAUCUACUCAAAGGGUGGAUCUCAAUGAUAUCUCACCACUGGGCCUGGCCACUGUCAUUGCAUAUGCCUACACCGGAAAGCUGACUCUCUCCUUGUAUACAAUAGGAAGUAUUAUUUCUGCUGCUGUUUAUCUUCAGAUCCAUACCCUUGUAAAGAUGUGCAGUGAUUUUUUGAUACGAGAGAUGAACGUUGAGAACUGCAUGUACAUUGUUAACAUUGCUGAAACGUAUUCUCUGAAAAAUGCAAAAGCAGCAGCCCAGAAAUUUAUCCGGGAUAACUUCCUUGAAUUUGCAGAGUCAGAUCAGUUUAUGAAACUUACAUUUGAGCAAAUUAAUGAACUUCUUAUAGAUGAUGACUUACAGUUGCCUUCUGAAAUAGUAGCAUUCCAGAUUGCUAUGAAAUGGUUAGAAUUUGACCAAAAGAGAAUGAAGCAUGCUGCAGAUCUCUUGAGCAAUAUUCGCUUUGGUACUAUCUCUGCACAAGACCUGGUCAAUUAUGUUCAGUCUGUACCAAGAAUGAUGCAAGAUGCCGAUUGUCACAAACUUCUUGUGGAUGCUAUGAACUACCAUUUACUUCCAUAUCAUCAGAACACACUGCAAUCUAGGCGCACAAGAAUCCGCGGGGGCUGUCGAGUCCUCAUCACUGUUGGGGGGCGACCAGGCCUUACUGAGAAGUCCCUUAGUAGAGACAUCUUGUAUAGAGAUCCUGAAAAUGGAUGGAGCAAGCUUACAGAAAUGCCAGCCAAGAGUUUUAAUCAGUGUGUUGCUGUGAUGGAUGGAUUUCUUUACGUGGCUGGUGGUGAAGACCAGAAUGAUGCAAGAAAUCAGGCCAAGCAUGCAGUCAGCAAUUUCUGCAGAUAUGAUCCCCGUUUCAACACCUGGAUACACCUGGCUAGCAUGAACCAGAAGCGCACUCACUUCAGCCUGAGCGUGUUCAACGGGCUCCUUUACGCCGUGGGAGGCCGCAAUACAGAAGGAAGCCUUGCCUCGUUGGAGUGCUACGUGCCUUCCACCAAUCAGUGGCAGCCGAAGACGCCCCUGGAGGUGGCGCGCUGCUGCCAUGCUAGCGCGGUCACCGAUGGCCAAGUGCUGGUGACGGGCGGCUACAUCAGCAAUGGGUACUCACGCUCGGUGUGCGCGUACAACCCGGCCAGCGACUCGUGGCAGGAGCUGCCGGGGCUGAGCACGCCGCGAGGCUGGCACUGCGCGGUCACGCUGAGCGACAGGGUGUAUGUGAUGGGGGGUAGCCAGGUGGGGCCGCGCGGGGAGCGCGUGGACGUGCUGACCGUGGAGUGCUACAGCCCGGGGACCCGCCAGUGGAGCUACGCGGCGCCCCUGCUGGUGGGCGUGAGCACUGCGGGCGCCUCGACGCUGCACGGCCGCGCCUACCUGGUGGGUGGCUGGAACGAGGGCGAGAAGAAGUACAAGAAGUGCAUCCAGUGCUUCAACCCCGAGCUCAAUGAGUGGACAGAGGAGGACGAGCUGCCCGAGGCCACCGUGGGCGUGUCUUGUUGUACCCUCGCCAUGCCCAACAACGUGACCCGGGAGUCCCGAGCCAGCUCCGUGUCCUCUGUGCCAGUCAGUAUCUGAACCCAGGUAGAUGCAGAGACAAAGGAAGAAAAAGUAUUUAUUGUGAUUAACCUUUGAGUUAGCGCAGAGGAAAAUAUAUAACAUUUACUACAAUAAUUGUAUUUUAAAAUAUAUCGAGACAAACGUCUUGAUGGUUUUAAAUUCCUGGCAUUAUCUACCUCUGUCUUCCAAUUUUUUUUUUUUUUAAGUAAAAUUCAGGGCCAUAGCUGACAAAGAAAACUAGAAUUUAUUUCAGCGGCCACUGGGUGGCAGAGAGAAAUCGUUGUAGGCACUCUUCCAUCAAGGCACGUUUCCCAAAUGCACAGCAGUUACACCCACGUUUGAGACUUUCCCUCUACAUGCCACAUGACACUUAUGUAAGUGAUUUCACAUACACAAGGUUUUCUCUCCCUCUUUUUUCUUUAGGAAGUUGAAAGUGUUCAUUGAUAGGUUUUAUUUUAAAGUGGAAGUCGAUAUCUAUAAAGACUUAAGAUGUAAUUCUAUUUUUCAAUGCAGUUUCUUUUCCCGUCUAAAGGAUUUUGAAAGGCAGCCCAUGACACCAUCCUGCAGCUUAAAACAAAGCCCGACGGGAAAGCAAUGGGGAUUCCACCAGGGGCUGUCGUUGGUUUAUCCCGGAGCUCUUCUUCCUCCCGGCCUCAAGACCCAGUGUAUUUCCAUCAUAAAAAUCUGCUCUCAAGGAAGAAGUGAUGUUAGUCAUUUAGUUUAUAGAGUAAGUUUAAAUCAUUUCUUUA